UCAAAACCCUUAUUUACAUUUCUUCUUUCCCAGCUUCCACUCAUCCCUUCUAUAGAGUCCCAAUCUUCUCUCUUUCUCUCUCCUAAUCUCCUUCAAUGACAUCUUCCCUCCACUCCAUCAUCGGAAACUCCGCCACCUCAUCAAUCAAUCUCCGUCGUCAAUUCAACCUCCCUAACCCCAUCUACGGCCGUCAUCAACGAAUACAACUACCUUCAGCAUGCUUAAACGUCGACGUUUCACAGCAGAAAACCUCAACUUCUUCUUUUUCUUCUUCAGAAAUUGGCGCAAAAACCAAGGAAUUUAUGGAGGAAGAAUCAAAGGUGAUUGUGGGUACUUACGCUAGAGCUCCUUUGGUACUUUCCCAUGGCAUUGGCUGUAAAUUAUUCGAUGUUGAAGGUCGAGAAUUUUUGGAUAUGACUUCUGGAAUUGCCGUUAAUGCCCUUGGACAUAGUGACCCUGAUUGGGUUCGGGCCGUUUCGGGUCAGGCCCAUACCUUGGCCCAUGUCAGCAACAUUUUCUACUCUAUUCCUAUGGUGGAGCUUGCAAAGCGUUUAGUUUCAUCUUCAUUUGCUGAUCGUGUCUUUUUUACAAAUUCUGGAACAGAAGCAAAUGAAGCUGCUAUUAAAUUUGCAAGAAAGUUCCAAAGAUAUACACAUCCUGAUGCAAAAGACCCACCAACAGAGUUUGUUGCCUUCUGUAAUUGUUUCCAUGGGAGAACAAUUGGUGCUCUUUCUUUGACUAGUAAAGAAAAUUAUAGGUCACCUUUCGAGCCACUCAUGCCUGGAGUUACUUUUAUUGAAUAUGGAAAUUCAGAAGCUGCCAGAGAACUGAUACUGAGUGGUAAAGUGGCUGCAGUUUUUGUUGAACCUGUUCAAGGUGAAGGCGGCAUAUAUAGUGCCACCAAGGAAUUCCUGCAGUCACUGCGUGCUGCUUGUGAUGAAGCUGGAUCGCUCUUAGUAUAUGAUGAGGUUCAAUGUGGUUUGGGCAGAACAGGUCACCUUUGGGCACAUGAAGCCUAUGGUGUAUACCCGGAUAUAAUGACACUUGCCAAGCCUCUUGCUGGAGGCUUACCUAUUGGAGCUGUGCUGGUUACGGAAAGAGUUUCCUCAGCUAUAAGCCCUGGAGACCAUGGGAGCACCUUUGCUGGUGGACCACUUGUGUGUCAUGCUGCACUUACUGUCCUAGAUAAAAUCUCAAGCCCUGGUUUUUUGGCUAGCGUGUCAAACAAAGGUCAGUAUUUCAAAGAACUCUUAACAAAGAAGUUAUUGGGGAACCGACAUGUUAAAGAAGUCCGAGGUCAGGGUCUUAUUAUUGGUAUAGAGUUGGAUGUCCCAGCUGGUCCACUUGUCGAUGCUUGUCGGAAUUCAGGAUUGUUAAUUUUAACUGCUGGAAAAGGAAAUGUAGUGAGAUUGGUUCCUCCAUUGACCAUAUCGGAGCAGGAACUUGAAACAGGUGCUGAGAUUCUUCUCAAAUGUGUCCCUGCCUUGGAUUAAAGCAGUUAAGCUGGUUUAGUGUACCGUGUACGAUGAAUGUAAAAUUCUCCUGUCUUACAGCUUUUUUAUCUUUAGGAUAUACGUCCUCCAUAUCUGAAUAAGUGACACUUUCAAAAUCUCACAUAAUGUCUACGAUGAAGCGUGUCACUUAUCUAGAUACGGAGGUUAGUAUCAAGCAGAGUAGCCCUAAUUCAGGAUUCAUGGUUAAGACUCUUUGAUUGGUGCCAUUUGUUCAAUUUAGAAUGUCUUUCUCAUGAUCAUCUUUGUCUACACUAACCUUAAAUGGUGUGCAGGUUUGAUUAUAUUGGCUGCAUAUUGUAGAUUGCUAUUCUGGUUUUGGUCUUUGUUUCAA